UUUGAAAAAUGACAGACAAGAAGCCAGUCUGUUUACAAAGCUGACACAUCCGGAUCCAGCUUCCGUCAACGUAGGCUAGCAGUCGCGACAUGAUUUUUGGAUCUUGCAUGGUUGAACUUCCCAAGAGAAAAACCACAGCUCCCGUUUGACUCCAACUGAUAAACUGACAACUUUCUGUCCAACUGGUUGGCAUAGAUGGCGUCUACAAACGACCCAUUUCAAUUUCAAGAAUUUGAAGAGAGCAAUCUGCUAGCAGCUGCUAGCGAGUCGACUACCAUCAGCAUCGAGGAUGAUAUUAUGAACCCAAAGUUCCCCAGUGGGUUUGCUCCCAGUGGUGAUGAAGACCCCACAGCUGAAGAUGACAAAGCGGAGCUUCUGUCAGGGGAGAAGAAAAGCAUCCCCUUCUGGACCUUUCAGUACUAUCAACAGUUUUUCGACGUCGACACACACCACGUAACGGAAAGAAUUGUUGGCUCCGUGCUGCCUUGGCCGGGCAAGAACUUCAUUCACGUGUACCUUCGCAGGAAUCCCGAUCUCUAUGGACCGUUCUGGAUCUGCACCACGCUCGUGUUUGCAAUGGCCAUCAGUGGAAACAUCUCCACCUUCCUGGUGAACCUGGGCAAGCCAAACUACAAGUACACACCUGAGUUUGGAAAAGUCACCAUAGCUGCGACAGCCAUCUUCAGCUACGCUUGGCUGGUCCCUCUCGCCGUGUGGGGUUUCCUGCUGUGGAGGAGCAACAAGAUCAUGAACUUGGUGUCUUAUUCCUUCAUGGAGAUUGUCUGCGUGUAUGGAUACUCACUUUCCGUAUACAUUCCUGCCGUGGUUCUGUGGAUUUUCCCGUACGAGUGGCUGCGGUGGCUCUCCAUCGGGGUGGCGCUCUGCCUUUCCGGCUCUGUCCUGAUCAUCACCUUCUGGCCCGCCGUCCGCGACGACAAGCCCAGAGUGAUCGCGGCGGUGAUGUCGGCCAUUGUGGUGCUCAACGUCCUGCUCGCCGUCGGAUGCAAAGCGUAUUUCUUCAGCAAAGCCGAACCGGUGCCAACGCCCGCCAAUCUGUCGACGACAGCAGUGGUCCUCCCGCACACGACAUGAGGAGUUGUUGAAAGCGUCUCCCGUUGCUUUAUUUGAGAGAAUGAGGUUGCAGUCUGGCGAUGAAGUCAUGGGCCGUCUGGAUUUCACCCCAUAACCUACUGUGGGCGGGGGUGCGCUUGGCGCGCUGCUACCAAGUGUGUUCUUUCUAACGGGAUCGGUGAGGUGUUGCACUAUGGAUUUCUAUUUAUCGCCAAAACACAACCAACCUUACAGGUGUUUGAAUGGCAUCGAAGGCAUUUUGGAUGCUGUUAUUGAAUAUUCAGGUAGUGGGAUUCGGACAGCACGCCACAGGAUUGUACUUCAUUUUCUUUCCUACUUAAUAAUGUCGACAAAAGUACGGAAGCUAUUAGUGCCACACUGAAGUGACAACAAAUGUAAAUUAAAAAAAAGAAAAGCGCUUGUGAAGGGAAAAGCAAUGUGGGGGAAAAUUUUUGUGAAUGAUCAUAGCAUAAAAAUAUAAUAAAAGCAUAAUAGAUUGUACUGAGAAUAAUUUUCCGAGAACAGAGUCGGAUUUUUUUCUCUUGUCUUUAAAAUUAAAACGUUCUCCUUCUCAUGUUACAACGUUGGUCAUGUAAUAUUAUGAUGUUUUUUUUUCCUUAAAAAUGCAACUUUAGUUUCAUUCUCAUAUGUCAGAAUAAUUACGAAUAAUUAAGUCCUAAUUUUGGACAGGAAUUCAGGAAAUCAUACUUUUACAUGGUGAAAGUUAUAUGACGAAAAAGUUGUACGUUUUCAAAAAUGAAGAAUUGGACUAGAAUAAAGUCAUCAAAUGUGAAUAAGGUUGUAAUCAUUGAGAAAAAAUUGUUUUCUCAAUAUUAAACUUUUUUUACCUCAUUCUAUUUCUUUUUUGUUCUUUUCAGUGUGGCCCUAAUACAUCACGUUUGCACAAAAAAAAAUGUAAAUUUUCAAAAAAUGCUACCAUCUUUUAUUUCAUAAUUCAUGUUUGCUGAUCGACAGGCUAUAGUACAUUUGAUUAAAAAAGGUGUACUUGUUUUACAGAAAUAUUCAAUGUAUAAAUGAGAAGUUACACAAAACUUCUAUCAAAUAAACACUAAGUCAUAUGAACACCAAA